AUGGGCUUUUCCAAGCCGGGCAAGUCCAUGGGGGCUUCGCUCACCAACAAGACGUCCAACAAGCUUAAACGCAAGGAGCUAUAUGUGUUGCAGAAGAAGGAGAAGGACAAGACGCAGCGCGAGAUGCGCUUCCGUCGGAAAAAGGAGGAGGACAAGGACCCUGAGCUGCGCGCCGCCCGCAUUACCAAGAACAAGCCCAAGACGCUCGAUAGCAAGCGCGUGUGGGACGACGUCGACGACGACUCCCUGGGGAACGUGGUGGACGUCGAGAAGCUCAAGAGAAGGAGGAUAGAGGAGGAGGAGAACGCGGCGCUGGAGAAGGAGCUCGACGACGAGGACAACUCGGAGGACGGGGAUGAGUCGGACAACGACAGCAUGCUCGCCUCCGACGAUGACGAAGAGGCCGCCGAAGCGAAGAAGGCCGAGAGGGAGAAGCGCCGCGAGGAGAAGCGCCGCGCCCGGAGGGAUAGCUCGGCGGCGCCGUCGACCACGAGCACCAACCUCGACCUGACGCCCUCCUCGCUCGCCCUCAAGUUCCCCUCCCUCUUCACUGAGGACGCGCCCCCGCCGCCCAAGAUCCUCAUCACUACCUCGCUCAACUCGACGCUGCACUACGAGGCCAACGUCUUCCGCACCAUCUUCCCCAACUCCACCUACGUACCGCGCUCCGCCCACCGCUACGGGCACAAGUACUCGCUCCGCGAGAUCUCAAAGUUCGCCUCGAACCGCGACUACACCGCCGUCGUCCUCCUGAAGGAGGACCAGAAGAAGCUGACGGGCAUGUCCAUCGUGCACCUCCCCGCCGGUCCGACCUUCACCUUCUCCAUCACAAACUUCAUGGAAGGCAAGAAGCUCCCUGGCCACGGCAACCCGACGAACCACUACCCGGAACUCCUCCUGAACAACUUCAAGACGCCCCUGGGCCUCCUCACCGCAGCCCUCUUCCAGCGCCUGUUUCCGCCGCAGCCUGAGCUCGAGGGCCGCCAGGUGUUGACGGUGCACAACCAGCGCGACUACCUCUUCUUCCGGCGCCAUCGCUACGUCUUCCGCGAGAAGCGUGAGACGGAGAAGAACAUCACCACAGCCGAUGGCGCUGAGAUGAAAGGCGUCGAGGGCAUCCGCGUUGGCCUGCAGGAGGUCGGCCCCCGUUUCACGGCCAAGCUGAGGAGGGUCGACAAGGGCAUCGGCAGGGCCGGCAGCGAGGGCGAGGACUCGCAGCCUUGGGAAUGGAAAGCCAAAAUGGAGAAGGACAGGAAGCGGUUCAACUUGUAA